UCCACUCAGUGGAAAUCAGCGACACAGACACAGAGACAGAGAGACACUGCGACACCGCUGCUGACUGACAUGAACACAUCCGUCUGAGACGCUGCCCACGCGUGAACCGCAGCUCACAGCAUGUCGACGCCAGAGGGAGGCGGCAGUCAGCGGGAUGAAGGGGAGUACGGAAGGGCGGCAAAGCGGCUGAAAACUGAGGAGCGGGAGGAGGGGGAAGAGGAGCUGGAGGAGCUGGAGGAGGGGGAGGAGGGCGAGGAGGGCGAGGAUUCGGACUCCUGCUCGCUGCACGGUAACGGAGAGUCAGCGGCGGACAGCCGGGCCCGGUGGAGCAGCAGCAGCAGCAGCAGCCAGUUUGGAGCAGGACGGAGGGAUAAUGGUGAGGACUCUCAUCGCAUCUCUCCCAGUCCUGUGGUCCACGUCAGGGGUCUGUGUGAGGCCGUGGUGGAGGCAGACCUGAUCGAUGCUCUCGAGAAGUUUGGAGCCAUAUGUUACGUGAUGAUGAUGCCGUUCAAGCGUCAGGCUCUGGUGGAGUUCUCUGCGGUGGAGAGCGCUGACCGCUGUGUGUCCUGCGGAGCCAAGGAGCCUGUUUACAUCGCAGGCCAACAGGCAUACUUUAAUUAUUCCACUUCCAAGAGAAUCACCAGGCCAACCAAUGCUGACAACCCCAACAGUGGCAACAAGGUCCUCCUGCUCUCCAUCCAGAAUCCUCUCUACCCUAUUACCACGGAUGUUCUGUACACAGUGUGUAAUCCCAUCGGCAGCGUGCUGAGGAUUGUCAUCUUCAAACGCAAUGGAAUCCAGGCCAUGGUGGAGUUUGAGUCAGUGCAGUGUGCUCAGAAGGCCAAAGCUGCACUGAAUGGAGCCGACAUUUACGCUGGCUGUUGUACACUCAAGAUUGAAUAUGCGAGGCCAACACGUCUGAAUGUGAUUAAGAAUGACAACGAGAGCUGGGACUACACUAAACCAUAUUUGGCCAGACGAGACCGUGGCAAGGGAAGGCAGAGACAAGCCAUCUUAGGAGAACACCCAUCAUCCUACAGUGAGAAUGGCUAUGGUGCACCCUGCCCCCUGCUGCCUCUGCCUGGCAACAGCAGGUAUAAGCUGUCAUCAGUGGAUGUUCCUGACAUGGUCUCCUACCCUCUGCCCCAGUCGUCCUCUUCGUACUCUGGCCACGCCCCUAGCUCUGUUGCUAUGGUGAGCGGCCUCCAUCCGUCCAAGAUGAACUGCACACGCAUUUUCAACCUCUUCUGUCUUUAUGGCAACAUUGAGAAGGUGAAGUUCAUGAAGAGUGUUCCAGGUACAGCACUGGUUGAGAUGGGAGAUGAGUAUGCUGUGGACAGAGCAAUCACACACCUCAACAGCAUCAAGGUGUUUGGCAAGAGACUCAAUGUCUGUGUGUCUAAACAGCACGCAGUGAUCCCCAGUCAGGUGUUUGAGUUAGAAGACGGCAGCAGCAGCUAUAAAGACUUUGCCAUGACCAGGAACAAUCGCUUCAGCAGCGCCGGACAGGUGUCCAAGAACAUCAUCCAGCCUCCGUCUGCAGUGCUGCACUAUUACAAUGUUCCUCCCUGCAUAUCACAGGACCAUUUACUGAGGCUGUGUAAAGAGCAUGAUGUGCCGGGCUUUGUCAAAUUCAAGAUGUUUGAUGCCAAACCCUCCUCUAAGACCAUCUCUGGCUUGUUGGAGUUUGACAAUAAGACGGAGGCUGUGGAGGUUCUUACUGUUCUUAAUCACUACCAGAUCAGGAUACCCAAUGGGUCUAACCCCUACACCCUGAAGCUGUGUUUCUCCACAUCGUCUCACCUUUAAUGAGCUGCAGAGCACAAGUAGAGGCUGCUGAGAGUCCACGAUGGCUGACCUCUGCCCAGAGAGAGGGACAGGGACCACGGGCGACAGACGGACACGUGAGUGGAGCAGAGACAAACAAGAGGGGUGAUGAAUAAAGACAAUGAGAGAAGACACUGUCACUUUCUCCAACCUGAGCAUCAGCGUCACUUCCUGUUUCAUGUCACCAUCAUCACAGACUGCUGACUGUCUGAUCUUCAUAUUGUCAUGUGGGACGUCUGGGGACACUGAGCACACGUUUGCCCCACAAGUCUUUUGCUGGACCCAGACCCACAACAUGUGUGAAGACUCUGCUGUAAAAACCUGAGUCCAUGUCAGAUCAUUAGAAAUCACGAUCUGAUCACAGGGCAGAUGGAGACUGGUGUUAUAUUUGAAGUUUUUAAGAUUGAUAAAUGUAGUGUAUUGCUUUGAAUUGUCAUUGAAUUUACAUGGUGAAUUUUAAUAUUGGGGUUAGUUUACAUUUAGGUUUUUCUUAGUUUCACUGUCUAGUCAGUCAUUUGGCCCAAAGUAACUCAAAGACUGACCAGUUAAAUUAAGUUUGCUGUAAAUAAUCCUAGUCCUCGGAGGGAAAAUCCGACCUUAUGCUGGCAUUUGCCCUUCAUGGCAGCAUAAGGUCGGGGUUUUCAAACUAAAGGCAGCAGACCCAUGAGAUCUUCAGCUGUGACAUGCAGUACAUGCGCUCGUCAUCGCAGUGGAGGAUACGUGUCAGACUAUCAUUUCUGAUGAAGCCAGUCACCAAUACAACCAGACAUGUAACAUAUGAAACCUUCAUAGUCUUACGAAGGAGUAACAGUAACGCCAGAGCAAUGAAACAUUAGUGGACAACGCUCCAAUUCAAGAGGGGAAGCGCUAAAGACGACCCGAGGUCUGGGCGUCCUGUUAUUAUAGUGCAUCAUACAUGGGAAACAAAACAUAGACGAUUAACUGAGACCAAUAAUAUUAAACAAAGAAAGCUCCCUGACAUUUGUCCUGGCUUUAGGUAGUAAACUUAAACAAUCAUCGUCAAUGGCAGUGCACCAGAGCAUGUCAUUCAGUAAAGGUACGACAAAGAAAAAUAUCUACUAAGUCAUAAUUAUACUUUAAAUGCAUUUUAUAUUUGCACUUAUACUUUAAACCCCACAUCUAGUGAGGCUGUAGAAAUACACAGUUGUUCUUGUGCUUCAUAUGAUGAGGGAUGAAGGGUUUGAGCGUUCUAGUUUAGUCUGCUGAGUCACUAUCAAUUCAAUGUGGAGAAACAUGACGUUGAAAAAACAGCAUCAAUUCAAAGUGUGCAUGUUGUGCCUGUAACUGCUUAUGUUCUCUCACAGAGUCUUAACAUAGCUUUUAUUUGACUUUGACAUGUGUAAACAAGUCCAGUUCAAUCAGGUUAACAAACAUGGACAGAUGUGAACACAGUAGAAAAACCCUGUACGUCAAAGGUACCCCAGGAAAAGUACUCAUGUACUGUACAUCCAAAAUCAGGAAUGAUAUAACAUUGAAGGGCCUUUUGUUUUGUUAUAACUAACAGCCUUUUAUUUGGUUAUUUUGGUUCUCAGACACACGUUUCAGGUAAGGUGGUUCCUAUGAGCUCGAGCCUCCGUUGAAAGUCAUUAUUUUUAUUUGUAGUGUGGAGAUUUAAGAGCUCAGUUAAAAGACUCAAAAAGUUCUAAAACAAAUAUACUAUAUUUCCCAGCCUGUGCCCACAGACCAACUUAGCGACAACAUAGACCCACCUGUUAUCUCGUGUACUGUAGGACACACAGGUCCUUCUGGAUGAAGGCACUUGUAAUAGAAUUUGUUGAUAAGGAAAAGUUGAGAAGCGUCUCUUAAGUGUUGUGCAACAGUUUGAUUCAGUGACACAGAGGCUUCGGACUCUUAUGUGUAUAUUUUGUGUCUUGCAGCACUUGAACUCUUUCUGUGUUUUUAUGACGUUUUAUUUAUUUAUUUAUGAGUUUGGGAAGAAUGAGGGCUGGUGUCACUGCAGCCGAUGUGAGGAAUCGAAACACCUUUCAGCUAUCUUAUGGUUUUAAGCUGUAAAAAUGUCUUAUGUUGUUAUUAUUAUUAUUAUUAUUGGUCUUGUAAUCACUGAUGUAUAGAACUACUAUAUUGUGCCAUUCAUUUAAGAGUCUGUGGUUGUAACUAACAUGUACAUGUUAAAAGUGAAUAAAUGGAAUUCCAAGUGGAAUUCAGCUACACAACUUAA